AUGUUUUUACCAUCAAAAAUAGUUUAUAAGGAAAUAGAAAUGGAUCAUUCGGAUUUAUCUAACUAUGAUGAAAAAUGUAAUAUAAAAUUUAAUCCUAAAAAUAAAGAAGGAGUGAAAGAAAUUUGUAAAAAGUCUCUAAGAUUUAUAGAAAAAUCUCAAUUAUGGAAUACACGAAACACUAGUUAUGAUGUUUGCUUGCAAGUAAAUUAUUGGAUAUAUGGAAAAUUAGCUAGUAUUCUAGGUUCUGAUGAUACUGAUAAUAUUGAAAUUACUUUCGGUAGUUUUCAGUUAGUUGGCAAAAAUAAAAUGAAUACACGAGCACAAAGAACUUAUAAUGAAAGGUGUUACCCUAACUUCAAUAUUUUUAAAGAAAAAGAUUGGGAAAAAGGAAAGCAAUUAUACGAGUAUUAUGUUAAUUAUAGUUAUCUUUUUUCUAUGGCUCAAAUAUAUGCUGAUAAAUGUGAAUUUUAUGAGAAAAUUAAUGAAAUAAUUCCAAUAUAUAAAUACUUUGAGAGUGAGUGUUCACAUGGAGGUGGUAACUGUCCAGAUUACUAUAUAAAGUACAAGCAUCUUAAUCCAGAGAAGGAUUUAUCUAAAUUAAAAUGUUAUAAACAAUUUCAGAACGAAAGAUCUCUAGAAACUGAAGCUCUUGCAAAGGUUGAUUCUUCGAAUCUUCCUCUAGUAUCUCAAGCUGGUGGAGGUGGCCAUGGAUUGUCAGAACAUUUAGCCGAUCCUCAGAAG